CUCACGGCUCACGCCGUUCCCCCCCUCUCCCUCUCCCUCCCCCGCCCCCUGCGCCCCACGCGGGAGAGGAGAGCCGCCGGGCCUGGAAGCCUUUCCGCGGCGCUGCGUCGCGAGCUCGCAGCGAUUGCAGGGUGCUGGUGAAUCUGGCUUGGCCACAUAGAGCUUCUUUUUUCAUCGUGGUCCUCAGGAAGACGUUUUUCUAGGACUGUUUUUUGUCUACUGUAAAUUGAUGAAAUUUUGCUGAACAUAUACUAUGGAAAAAAAUACAGUUCACUGUCCAGUUGAGGGCAAUGGUGAGAUUGAAAAUGGUGCGAGCUCUAGUCAGAAUCCUGAGACUGUCUGUCCAGUUGAGGGCAAUGGUGAGAUUGAAAAUGGUGCAAGCUCUGGUCAGAAUCCUGAGACCCUUGAGCAUCCAGUUUUGCUGUCUACAUCUCAAACAGUGCCAAAUAACUUGGGGAUAAGGAAAAACUAUAAAAGAACAGCAAACAGAGGUAAAAAAGGUUCCCAAGGACUAACACGUCAAGCAUAUACUUUGAGGUCAUCUGAUAAUGAUGUCAGGGUGCUUCGCUCCACAUCAAGUUCAAAGACGACACCUACUGAGCAUGUACAGACUCCAGUACAACCGGCUGCCAAGAGAAGAAAAAGGAGCAGAGCCUCAAACAAAAGUUCCACAGAUGAGUUUUCACAAAUUCGUAAACGGAUUAGAUACAUUUUGAACCGAAUGAAUUAUGAGCAAAGCCUAAUUGAAGCUUAUGCUAGCGAAGGCUGGAAAAAUCAAAGUUUGGAUAAGCUAAGACCUGAGAAGGAGCUUGAACGAGCAAAAUCAGAAAUCUUACGAUGCAAAUUGAGAAUACGGGAAGUCUUCCAGAAUAUUGAUUCUCUUCUCUCAAAGGGGAAAAUUGACGAAUCUUUAUUUGAUUCUGAAGGAGAAAUAUCUUGUGAAGAUAUAUUUUGUGCCACUUGUGGUUCGAAUGAUGCUACAUUGGGUAAUGAUAUCAUUCUCUGUGAUGGAGCUUGUGACAGAGGGUUCCACCAGAACUGUUUAAAUCCUCCUCUGCGUACUGAAGAUAUCCCCAUGGGAGAUGAAGGAUGGCUCUGCCCAGCAUGUGAUUGCAAGAUAGACUGUAUAGAUCUACUAAAUGAUCUCCAGGGAAGUGACCUCUCCAUUGAGGACUCUUGGGAGAAAGUUUUUCCAGAGGCAGCUGCUAUGGCAAAUGGCUCAAAGCAAGAUGACACAUUUGAUCUUCCAUCAGAUGACUCGGAUGACAAUGACUUUGACCCCAAUAUGCCUGAAGAGCAUGUGGUCAGUAAGGAAGAAGGAUCGUCUGAAGACGAAGAGGAUGAGGAUGGAGGAUCAGACUCUGAUGACUCAGACUUUUUGACCUGUUCUGAUGAUUCGGAACCUUUGAUGGACAAGAAGAAGGUUGAUGACCUCGGGUUACCUUCUGAAGAUUCAGAGGAUGAUGACUAUGAUCCAGCAGGUCCUGAUUCGGAUAAAGAUGACGAAAAGAAGUUAAGUUCUGAUGAGUCUGACUUCUCAUCUGACUCAGAUGAUUUCUGUAAGGAGAUUGCAAAAUCUGGUGGACAUGAAGAAGUUUCAUCUCCUCCAUUACCUGAUGCCAAGGUGGGUGAUAUGGAAAAGAGCACUGCUCAGGCUAACGCAGCAAGUUCUGCUGAUGACCCUAUGGAGACUGAAAUAGACCAGAGUGUGGUUUUACCAGUUUCAAGGAGACGGCAGGCUGAACGGUUGGACUACAAAAAGCUGUAUGAUGAAGCAUAUGGUGAAGCAUCAUCUGAUUCUAGUGAUGAUGAAGAAUGGUCUGGGAAGAAUACACCAAUAAAAAGCAAUGAAGAGGGUGAAGCUGAUUCUCCUGCAGGAAAAGGCUCCAGAGUUGUGCACCAUGAUAAUGAACUGACUACACAAAGCACUAAAAGAAGCUUGCAUUCUCUUCGUGGUUCAGUAGAUGAGAAACAUGGAGACCUUACCUCUAAUGGCAGCAACAGCGCAGCUAGGAAAGGACAAUUUGGUCCAGUAGUUAGUCAGAAGCUAUAUGAACAUUUUAAGACACAACAAUACCCUAGUCGUUCUGUUAAAGAAAGCCUGGCAGAAGAACUAGGGUUAACAUUUCGUCAGGUUAGCAAAUGGUUUGAAAGUAGGCGUCAUUUCGCAAAGGUAGCUUCUUCCAGGAAAGGCAUCACUCCAGAUAAGCAUAGCCCCGAAAAUACUAAUAGCCCGGUGACACCCAGUAUGCAACCUAAAGAACCUGAGGGGACUGUGAUGGAAGAAUCUAAUGUAUGCAUAAAUAGGGAUGCCACCAUCUCUAAAAAAGCGGCCUCUUCAAAAGUUGGAUCAAGAAAGAACCUUGGCAAGAAUUCCCCUGGAAGUGAUGUGGGAGGGUCAAAAGUUGAUUCUGCUGAGGAUCAGAAUCCGGGGCCUGACCUUGCAGCAGAGAAGGCAAGGCAAAAAGCAGUACAGCAGGAGUUGAAGAAGAAGAAAAUGGGACGAUGAUGUUUGUAGACAAAGACAUGAACCAGAUUUUGGACUGCUCCUGAAAUUUCCAGGUCGGGUCUGAAUUCGCUGCAGCGCUAUGGGCCUUGAAACUUUGUGUUGUAUGGCUCUACAUUGAUAGCCAAAAAAAACAUAGAUAUACCAUUGCAAGUCAGCUAGCUCUCAUUAGAUCAUGCCAGUCAACUAACAAGCACAUCAUUAAGUUUUUUUUUUCUGUGGAGGUUAUUGCUUCCCGUUCUUAGCCAACUGAGAGAGCUUCCUCUGAUUUCUGGGGCGCUCUAUAGGAAUUAGUUAUCCUUCAGAUUUAUUUGUAGCGAUUACUGUCAUUGCAGGAAGGGCUCUAUUGCAAAAGCCUAAAAGCUCCGUAACGACAGCAGGUUGCUGCUAUGACAAGAUGCAGAAGAUGCGCUGUUUUCAUCGAUGUUGGUUUUCUUGUAAGAUGGGAUGUUGUACCAAACCUUGCGUAAUGUGAGCAGAAGACUUUGUUCUGAUUCAGGGA